GUGACAGCAAAGCGUCACACUGGAAACCACGAGCUGGGACUUACAAAGUGGCCUCUGAUCUUUCUCUCUUUUUUACCACAUUUCCUCUCUUUUUGUCUUCUCAUUUUUCCGAGGAAGAGGCAUUUUCAUUGACAGCUUCUUGGACAGGUCUGGGACACCAUUUUUCCGAGGAGGCAAGCUCUUGGCUGUAAUAUUUCAUUGCAGUCAUGGCCCCUAAGAAGAAGAAUGUGAAGAAGAACAAAGCAGACAUCAAUGAAAUGACUAUCAUUGUGGAAGAUGGCCCCCUCAGUAAACUAAAUGGCUUGAAUGGACUUCUAGAUGGAGGAAAUGGUUUCAGCUGCAUCUCAUCUGAAGUUUCUGACCCAUCAUAUAGCCCAAAUCUCUUGGAAGGUCUAAGCAGAAUGAGACAAGAAAAUUUUCUUUGUGAUUUGACUAUCAGUACCAAAACCAAAUCCUUCAGUGUUCACAAGGUGGUGAUGGCUUCAAGCAGUGACUACUUUCACAACAUCUUAAAGAAAGAUCCCUCCACUCAACGAGUAGAUCUCAAUGACAUAUCCCCAUUGGGUCUAGCUACUGUUAUCACCUAUGCUUACACUGGAAAACUUACUCUCUCACUUUAUACAAUAGGUAGUAUUAUUUCCACAGCAAUUUAUCUACAGAUUCACACCCUUGUAAAGAUGUGCUGUGAUUUUCUAAUCCAAGAAAUCAAUGUUGAGAAUUGUAUGUACAUUGCCAAUAUUGCAGAAACAUAUGGACUAAAAACAACCAAGGAAGCAGCGCAUAAAUUUAUUAGAGACAACUUUAUUGAAUUUUCAGAAACAGACCAGUUCUUAAAACUUACUUUUGAUCAGAUUAAUGAACUUCUUGCAGAUGAUGACUUGCAGUUGCCUUCUGAAAUUGUUGCAUUCCAGAUUGCAAUAAAAUGGCUGGAAUUUGACCAAAAAAGAGUAAAGUUUGCUGCUGAUCUCUUAGGUAAUAUCCGUUUUGGUACCAUCUCAGCUCAAGACCUUGUCAAUUAUGUGCAAACUGUGCCGAGAAUGAUGCAAGAUGCAGACUGCCAUAAGCUCCUAGUGGAUGCAAUGAACUAUCAUUUGCUUCCCUACCAUCAGAAUACACUGCAGUCCAGAAGAACGAGGAUCCGUGGAGGUUUCAGAGUCUUAGUUACUGUAGGAGGACGCCCUGCUCUAACAGAAAAGUCUCUCAGCAGAGACAUCUUAUACAGAGAUCCUGAAAACGGAUGGAAGAAGCUGAGUGAAAUGCCUGCUAAAAGUUUUAAUCAGUGUGUGACGGUGAUGGAUGGAUUUCUCUAUGUGGCUGGUGGGGAAGAUCAGAAUGAUGCCAGGAACCAAGCCAAGCAUGCGGUCAGCAAUUUCUGCAGAUACGAUCCUCGUUUCAACACCUGGAUUCACCUGGCAAACAUGAAUCAGCGGCGCACCCACUUCAGCCUGAACGUGUUCAAUGGCCUCCUUUUUGCAGUGGGUGGUCGCAACUCUGAGGGGUGCCUCUCCUCGGUUGAGUGCUAUGUGCCUGCAACUAAUCAGUGGCAGAUGAAGGCACCCCUGGAGGUGCCCAGGUGCUGCCACGCCAGCGCAGUGGUGGAUGGUCGGAUCCUGGUCACGGGAGGUUACAUUAAUAAUGCUUACUCUCGCUCAGUGUGCAUGUACGACCCCAGCAAAGAUAGCUGGCAGGAUAAGUCCAGCCUCAGCACCCCAAGGGGGUGGCACUGCGCAGUGUCCCUUCUGGAGAGGGUCUAUGUCAUGGGUGGGUCUCAGCUGGGGGGGCGAGCCGAAAGGGUCGACGUUCUCCCCGUGGAGUGUUACAGUCCUUACACGGGGCAAUGGAGUUACGCAGCGCCCCUCCAAACUGGAGUUAGUACGGCUGGCGCCUCCACCCUUAACGGGAAAAUUUACUUAGUGGGUGGCUGGAAUGAAAUAGAGAAAAAAUAUAAGAAGUGCAUUCAGUGCUAUAACCCGGAUCUCAAUGAAUGGACGGAGGAAGAUGAGCUGCCUGAGGCCACUGUGGGCGUAUCUUGUUGUACGAUAUCCAUGCCCAACACCAAGACCAGGGAGUCCAGGGCCAGCUCAGUCUCUUCUGUCCCAGUCAGUAUUUAA